CAAAUUUCUAAGUCAUAAGAAUUAAUUUCAAAUUGAAUCAAUUAAGAUAUCUGGAAAGACAUGGGGAAAUAUUUGACCACUGUGAGCAGGGCAGGGAUAAAACAGGGAACUAUCUGGUAGUGGGCUACCACUAAAUUAUUUCAUGCAAAAAAAUCUCACUUUGAAUUUGGUCACUAUAUUUUUUCCUAGUUCUCCUCCCAUCUGGAAAUGUCAGAGUCCUUCCAGAAAUCAGACUGAAUGGCCUGGAAUAAUCAGUCAGUCGUAACUGAAUUCAUACUACGGGGUCUCUCCAAUUCUUGGGAACUCCAGAUCUUCUAUUUCCUGUUUUUCUCCAUAGUCUAUGCAUCCACUGUACUGGGCAACCUCCUUAUUGUGCUCACCAUGGUGUCAGAGCCACGCCUUCACUCCCCCAUGUACUUUUUGCUGGGCAAUCUCUCCUUCAUUGACAUGUCUCUGGCUUCAUUUGCCACCCCCAAAAUGCUUGCAGAUCUCCUUAGUGAGCACAAAGCCAUCUCUUUUGAAGGCUGCAUCACUCAGAUAUUUUUCCUGCAUCUGUUAGGGGGUGCUGAGAUUGUACUGCUGAUAUCUAUGUCUUUUGAUAGGUACGUGGCUAUAUGUAAACCUCUACGUUACUUAACCAUCAUGAACUGAAGGAUGUGUGUUGGGCUUGUCACACUUUCCUGGAUUGUUGGCAUCUUCCAUGCUCUGAGUCAGUUAGCAUUUACUGUGAAUCUGCCCUUCUGUGGACCCAAUGAAGUGGACAGCUUCUUCUGUGACCUCCCCUUGGUGAUCAAACUCACCUGUGUAGACACAUACCUCCUGGGAGUGUUCAUGAUCUCAACCAGUGGCAUGAUUGCCCUGGUGUGUUUCAUCCUCUUGGGGAUUUCCUACAUGAUUUUCCUGGUCACUGUUCGGCAACUUUCCUCUGGUGGGUCCUCCAAAGUGCUCUCCACUUGCAGUGUCCACUUCACCAUUGUGCCUCUUUUUUUUGGCCCGUGCAUUUUCAUCUAUGUAUGGCCUUUCACAGACUUCCCAAUAGACAAAGUGCUCUCAGUAUUUUAUACCAUUUUCACCCCCCUCUUGAAUCCAGUGAUCUAUAUUAGAAAUAAAGAUGUCAGGGAUUCCAUGAGAAAACUUAGCAGCUGCAUCUUUAAGUCUAGGAAGACUGAUCAUACCCCUUGAUUUCCUCAUACAAAAUGAAAUACUUGUUCCGCAUUUAUCCUCCUCAUUCAGUUGGUCAACAAAGUGAUGCUACUGCA